GUCUCCAGCCGCGUUCGCGAACGGAUCAAAUAUUUCCCAGUGGAUUUUCUGCUUGAUUCCUCUAGUUUCCCGAAAACGUGUGUGCACAUAAUGAGUUGUCCUUUUAAUGGCGGUCCAUCGCGUCUGGGUGACGAUCAUCUUCCCGAACAGGGAAUGAUGUACGGCGAGUAUCUGAUGUUGGAUAAGGUUCUUGAUGCCCAAAGACUCGUGUCUUCGACUUCGGGCGCCAAAGUUCACGACGAGCAUCUCUUUAUCGUAACUCAUCAAGCCUACGAGCUGUGGUUCAAGCAGAUCCUCUGGGAACUGGAUUCAAUCCGGGAUCUCUUCAAGGUGGAUUGCGUUGAAGAGUCGCGCACGCUGGAGAUUGUGAAGCGCCUCAAUCGAAUUGUGCUGAUACUGAAACUCCUCAACGAGCAAAUUCCUAUCCUGGAGACUAUGACCCCGCUAGAUUUUAUGGACUUUCGUCGCCACCUGGCGCCAGCAUCGGGCUUCCAAAGCCUCCAGUUCAGGCUUAUGGAGAACAAGCUGGGCGUGAAAAUGGAGCACCGAGUGAAGUACAAUCAAAACUACACGGUGGUCUUCGGACAGGACCCGAAUGCCGUGGAGAAAAUCGCGGAUUCACACAAGGAGGCGUCGCUUCUGGACUUGCUACAGAAGUGGCUGGAGCGGACGCCCGGUCUGGAGGAGGACGGAUUCAAUUUCUGGGGCAAGUUCAAGGAGAGCGUGGACCAAUUCUUGCACCACGAGCGCGAGGAAGCAAUGAAGGAGACGGAAGUGUCGAAUAGAAACUACCGUUUGAUGGACAUUGAGAUGCGCAAAGGAGUGUAUAACUCCAUCUUCGACGCCGCUUCCCAUGAGGCUCUGGUGAUGCGCGGAGAUCGUCGAUUCAGCCACAAGGCGCUCCAGGGCGCCAUCAUGAUCACUUUCUAUCGCGACGAACCCAGAUUCAGCCAGCCUCACCAGAUCCUCGUCCUUCUCACGGACAUUGACUCUCUGAUAACGAAGUGGAGAUAUAACCACGUGACGAUGGUUCAGAGAAUGCUGGGAUCUCAGCAAUUGGGCACCGGCGGCUCUUCUGGCUACCAGUACUUGAGAUCCACACUCAGCGACAGAUACAAAGUCUUCCUGGAUCUCUUUAAUCUGUCCACCUUCUUGAUUCCUCGCAAGUGGAUUCCUCCGCUGGACACGAAGCUCAAUUGGAGCUUCAACGCUCCUUCUUUGAAGUGACACACGUAGAAAUUCAUCAGAUUCCUUCGAAAUAUGUAGAAUCAAGAGCGAUAAUAAAACAUGUCGAUAAGCA